CAUUCUUAAAAAUGAAUGUCUCCGAGUUAGAAACCAUCGGAAAAAGUAAAUUUAUUUUUUAUCGCAUCAAAUUUACAAUAUUACUUUUAUUACAAAUAUCAUCAAUCAUAGUUUCUAUUCUUAUCUUUAUUUAUUUUACUAAACAUCGUACUCAUAUUCGAGCUGCACAAAAUCAUGGAUUACUUGUUUUACUUAUCAUAAAUUCUCUUCAGCUUGUAUUUGAUAUUCCACUUAGUCUUAGUUUUUACAUUCGUGGUUACGUAAAUCCACCUGUUGCAAGUUAUUGUAUAUGGUGGACAUUUUUUGAGUAUAUAAUCUAUGCAUCAAGUGAAUAUUUAUUAGCAAUUAUAUCUCUUCAACGACAUAUAUUUAUUUUUUAUCAAAAUAUUUUGCGAAAAUGUUGGAUACGUCAUCUAUUACAUCAUUUUCCACUUCUAUUUUGUAUUAUUUAUCCAACGAUAUUCUAUAUCUAUGCAAUUCUUUUGUAUCCAUGUGAUGAUACUCAAUGGGAUUUUACUAGUCGAGUAUGUGGCUUUGCUAAUUGUUAUUUAGCGUAUGGAAGUUCUCUUGGCUCAUUCGAUCUUGUGGUUAAUAACAGUUUACCGGUUUUUAUUGAUAUUAUAUCGAAUGCAGUUUUGAUUGCACGAGUAUUUACACAGAAACGUCGUAUGCAACAAUCAACAAAUUGGCGACAUCAACAACGGAUGUUAAUACAACUAUUUUCUGUUUCAGGGCUUUAUUUAAUAGGAUGGGGACCGUUUCUUACAGUUUAUAUUAUCAAUGUUCUUAUUGAUCCAACUUUUCUUAAUUAUAUUCAACAGAAUUACUUUGGUGAUCUGAUUUAUAUUAUCUAUUUUUGCCUUCCAUGGAUGUGGCUUGGCUUUUUUCCUGAAUUAACUCGAUGGAUUAUACAAGGAUAUCGUCGUUUACGACGAGAUAAUAGUGUUGGAGUUGUACAGAGACAAUCAGUUAACCGCCUUAAAUCAAACAUCUCGCGCAAAAAAUAA